AUGCACCAAAUGCUUCAAUACUUUGAUCGUUUGAUGCCCCAAGGAGAGAUCGAUUCGCAAUCUCCAUUUGCUAGUCAAACUCAGGAAUAUAUUCACAAAAUCGGUGAAAAAAUUAGAUCACGUGUUGUGUUCGUUACUAUGUUACCACAGAUUAUGUCUACAAUUUAUCUCCUUGUUUGGCGUUCAUCCGAUAUUGUGCCUGAGAG